UCACUUACCGAUUCGCUCUGCCAUGUAAAAGAGCCCCCUCACUCCCAGCACGCCGUCCCUCGUGCCCGGCUGCUCCCCGCAGCGAAUGGGAAAGAGGCCCGGCUCUCCAUCCGCCCCCUUUAGGCCACCCCUUUGCCAUGGCCGCACGUAUGGCCGCCUGCCGUCGGCCGGCACCUCCCCGAAGGCCGUCAGGGUGGCUGUCAGGGUGCUGCGACGGGCGGCCAGCUGCUGCAUGGCCGCCACUCCCCUCUUGACGGUCGCGCUCAGACGAAGGAGGUCAUCUGGGCUUAGCUCUGGAGUGCCCGGCGCGAACAGGGAAAGAAGUUCCUCUCGUGAUAUAAAAAUGUAAACAGCGAUGCCUACUGCAGACAAAGGGACAGAGAGGGACACAAGGCAGACACACAUUCAGAUCACUUGGACGUCCUCGUGUGCUGCGAAUACCUUCCUUCUCUUCUGAGGGUGCCACUGACUGAAGGAGGUCUUGAGGGCUGAGCUCCGGAAUGCCGGGCACCGUCUCUCCCUUCCUGUCGACGGUGGCCGUCACCGUCGCGAUGCCUUUGGGCACCGGGCACUUCAGCACCAGCCUCCGCCCCGCCGACUUGCCCUCGGCGAUGGCAACGCUGUCGCUGUAGUGCAGCAUGCGGCGGCCAGCCGUGCGAAAGCUGGAGAGGGUGGCCAGCGAAUCGGCUGAUAUGGCCGCCGCAUGCUGUGUGGGGGAAGCGGGGACGAUUUGGGCGUGGGGCAGAAGAGGGGAGGAGCCGUCUGACGCAGCGCCCUCGUCCUCUGUGUCGCCAUCCGCUGCUGCUGGUGAUAUGUGCGUGGGGCAGCAGGGGCGAGGAGCCGUCGGAUGCCGCGCCCUCGUCGUCCAUGUCGGCCGCCGCUGGCGAGGCUGGUGCUGCUCGCGGUGGCGCUGGCGGGAUGGUGAUGGUGCCGCCCAGCUGUGGGCCCUUCUCGCCCGUGUCCUCGCCGCACACGUGCUCCUCCUUGCCCUGCUGGUCGUCUGUGGCGUCAGCGGACGGCUGCACGACAACAGACUCACCUACAAACAACCAGAACAGAAGAACCACACACAUGUCAGACGCAGGCAGGUAAGAAAAUGUCAUUCGUGCCUGGUCUUGCCGGCUCACCGAUGGCGGGGGGCUGAGGGCCGAUGAGCUCCCCGAAUGCUCCGGAAAGCCCUGCCCUCUUCCCAGCCUCGUCGACAACAACUGAACUAGCCAU